UUGCUGCUCCAACUUCAUGAAAUCCUCCCUCUUAUCGUCCCGGACUGUUUGGGGGAUGUACUCAUCGAGGAACAUCUUCACAAACUGGUUCCAGGUGAUCUCAAGAGGUACCACUUCACUCUCCGGCUGGAGAUGCCACCAAUCCCUAGCAGUUCCCUGGAGCACGUGGACAGCCAUGGCGAUCCUAUCCUCAUCAUUAUCAAUACGGAGCUCAUCCAAAGUCCGAGUGAGCUUCAACAGCCAUGCAUCGACAAUGUCGGGGUCAGAGGAUCCCUCGAAGUCAACCACC